CAGCCGCGCUUGCGUCCGGGGAAGUUGGGGGAGACUGGCGGGGUCCAGGCGAGUCCAGGCAAGUCAAGGCAACGGGUGGUGGGUGUGUCGGGUGCGUCCGACAACCGCAAGCCAGCAUCGCCAUGGACGAGUAUCCCGCCGGCAGUCUGGACCACAGCGUCCCCUUUCUGCUGGCGCUGGGGACACGCACCGGUGCGACUUACGACGCCGGCCUGAGCGGGACCCUCAAGGAGCAGGCCGUUCUCAUCCGAUCAGAUCUCCCGCCCCUCGACUCCGAUCAGGCGCAUGCGCUGCUCCGCUACAUCCGGGACCGCGAUGCAUCUCAGAUGCCCUGCAACGCGAGGGAUGCGUCGGCUAGGAAAUACCGUUUCCGGGUCAAGACGGCCGAGAGGUCACUGCUCCUGCCUCCGCGCCGGGCCCGUCUUCCCGAGGGCAUUGAACUUCCCUCGCCGACUCCUUCUACCGUGCUCCACUCGCCCUACUCCCCGUUGAGUCCCGUAUCUCCGCUCUAUCCCGACGGCCUGAUCGACGCGCAAUGGAUACGCAAACACCAGGACCUUGUCCCGAGUAUCCUUCUCUGCUUCUAUGCCUUCGCCUCGGAUCCAACACUUGCCACGCUCUGUGACAACCAGAUCAAGACGGACGUGAACAACAUCAGGGGCCUACUGAGCCAGUCCGGCUACAAGACGCGCCUGGCCGUUGUGCUCCUGAGCGAUCAUGCUUCCUCUGCUUCUUCUGGUUUGUCUAGCGACGGCGUUCAGGAACGGUUGGAAACCAUACGGCGCGGCUGUGGCCUAGACUCGAAGGCCCUGUUCCUAGUGCCGUCCAGCGAUUCCCAAGACGAGCUUGAACGCGUGGCUGAGAACAUGCUCACCACGCUCUAUUCCGUGUCGGUCGAGUAUUAUCGCGACUUGGGGAGGCAUGCUCGCAAGAAGAGAGGCAGGGGCAUUGCCCCUCAGCCGACGGUGCCACCUACGUCGGGCACUUCGCAAACGCUGUCGCUGGCCGGAUGGAACGUCCGGUACGACUUUAAGUCGGCAAUAUUUGCCGAGUACCGCCUGGAGAUGGACGUCGCCUUGCGCUCAUACGAGCAAGCUUACGAGAACCUUCUGAGCUCCGAGGUGAUGGAGCUUGUUCCGAGUUGGAGCCCGCGAUGGAACGAGGGCAGAUUCCUGGCAGACGUCCUAGCUGUACGCUGCCUUAGGUGUCUGCUGUGGAACGGCCAGCACAGUGCAGCCGCUCGUCGCUGGCAGGCCCAUCGCGAAAGGAUCGCCGACUUCGUCGACCGCCUGGGUCGGGGCACCAACACCUACGGUUGGGAAGCCUGGGAAGCGCGCUGGGCUGUCGUCAUGGCAGAUCUCAUCAACCAAGCCGACAUACCAGAACUUGCUCCGGCCUCCCGCAGGCUCUACUUGCCGCCUGAGAAGAGCAUCAUGGGAGAGCGGCUCCAGCCGUGGGAGCUUCUCCACCACACAGGUUACUGGUAUCGCUUGGCUGCGGAGCACCUACACGCCCGCAAGAAUUUGGCUCAUGCGAUCCCAAAAGACGAUCGAAGACCGCCAAGUAGCUCGCCGGCCUCCCAGGUCGCCAAAUCUGCCUUCGCGUACGACACGUACAUGUGUCCAGAUCCCUAUGAAGAAUAUCCGCUAGCCGGUGCAGGCGUAGACCAUGGUCGGAUGAUCGUGGACCGCUUGAUGCGCGCCCGCUCCGAGUUUCUCGAGCGCGGUCAAACUCGGUUUGCCGCUGAGGUAUCCUUAGAGUGCGCCAGGGAGCUCGCUGUCGCCAAGGACUGGGGCGCGAUUGUCGAGUUGUUGCUCCCGAUCUGGAGACAGCUGCCGUUCAGGAGUGAGGGCUGGAUUUCCAUAGCAGAGGAGCUGAGCUGGUCUCUCAGAAUAGCAGCGGCAGCGGUGGGAAAUGCCGAAGUGGUGCUCCUUGCUGACUGGGAGCUCCUCUCGCAAGAUUUCCCAAAGCGUGCCGGUUGGCAUUACGAUAUCACACGGUCGCUAGAAGGGGUAGCCUCGCCCGAAUCUAGGCCUAGCGUUGUGGUCCCAGACGAUCGGCUCGCUUCCUUUGUCUCGGCGUCCUUCAUCUUCAAGGACGAGGAGGGAAAGGCGGGACAGAGCCUCCGCAGCCAGCUAUGCAUCAAGUCCAAUGCACAUUUGGGGUCGGCUCCUGUUGUCUUCAGCAGCGUCGAAGUCAGCUUCAGCGGCAGUCUCGACGCCGUCGUUCUUCGGCAUCAACAAAGCACGCCAGCAGCACAGCAAAGCCGCAACAAGGUGGCUCUGUCUACCGUACCCUUGGUCAGGGACGGGGAUGACGAUACAUCAAACGAGGCCAGCAGGAGCAGGCUGGUUGGAUCGGCCGACUUGACACUGCUCCCUGGUCAAACUACCGUCUUCAACAUGGACAUACCCCUGCGGGAGCCCGGCGAGACGCGCGCCGAGACGCUGACCUUGAACCUUCAAUCUGAUAAGUUCGAUUUGCGGCAGUCGCUGGCCUUCCGCGAGAGGACCAAUGCCAAUGUGUGGUACAUCUCUGCCUCGGCCUCGAGGCGUGUCGCUCACCCAAAUGCCCUUGUUGUCCACGUCUUGCCCAGGCCUCCGAAGAUGGAGAUCAGGUGCCCGGCUUGGAAGGAGCAGUACUACACCGAUGAGCCAGUCAGCCUCGAGUUUGAGGUUGAGAAUGGCGAAGACGUCGAGGCCCUCGUCAAGCUAGAUGCGCUGCUGUUUGGAGAGAAACCGCCGGCCUUCGUCGUCGAGGUUCCAGGCCAUGAGGACCAGACAUCGUCAAGUGUCCGCAACGAAGAAGCCAGGAUAUCGGGAGCACCGAUGGGGACCGUCGCCAGUUCGAAAUCGCUCCCUAUCCGUCUACGGCUGCCUCCCAUUGAGCGCUCCACCCGCUACGACCUGACCCUGAAAGUCACUUACUUCCUCCCCACCAACCCCGGCACACCCAUUUCACAAACGGCCGUGUUCCGCCUCAAUAUUGUCAACCCCUUCGAAGCCAACUAUGAUCUACUCCCUCGGCUGCACCCCGAGCCUUGGCCGAGCCUCUUCGACCCGGAAAACGCCCCGCUCCCUAUCGGCGGUGACGGCGACACUCCCCUCCCUCCCAGAGGCAUUUCCCAAGCAUGGUGCCUAGUAACGCGCUAUGCCUCGUUUGCUUCCGAGCCCCUUCGCGUAACAGACAUCGACAUCGCCGUCGCACCCUCUCCCACCUUCCGCUGCUCCUACACCAAAUACACCGGCCUCCCCUCUUCUGGUGCUGGCCGCCUCAUCCAGCCCAAAACAAUCGAACAGGCCGCCUUCGAACUAUCUGCCCAGAAAUUUUCCAUCGACGACCGCAGCCACGCUCCGCUCGACAUCGCCCUCAUCAUCAAAUGGACCCGCGCCGACCCGGAGACGGCUGACACAAACCCCGCCACCCGGCCGGGCUCGGUCAACACAACCACCCUCCCGAUCCCGCGCCUAACCCUCUUCGGCACGGAGCCCCGGGUGCUCGCGACCGUCGCGCACCGCCGCCCCGCUCGCGCUGACGACCUGCUCCUGCUCAUCCUCACGGUGACCAUCGAGAACGCGUCCAACCACUUCCUCACCUUCGGCCUGUCCAUGGAGCCCAGCGAGCAGUUUGCCCUCUCCGGGCCCAAGCAGACCACCCUCAACGUGCUGCCCGUGUCGAGGCGCAGCGUCGAGUACCGCCUGCUGCCGCUCGACGACGGCGCCGGCCGGGGAGGAGGGGCGGGCGCUGAGGAUGGGGGCGAGGGAGCAGGGGAAGGCGUAGUAGGGGAUGCGGAUGCGGAUGCGGAUGCGUAUGCGGGGACGUGGAUCCGGCCCCGGCUGGUGGUCAGGGAUAAGUAUUUCCAGAAGGUGCUCAGGGUGAUUCCGGCUGGCGAGGGGCUGAGGGCGGGGAAGGAGGGGUUUGAGGUUUGGGUGCCGCGCUUGAGGAGACGGAUGGCGGCGGCGGCGGUGGCGGCCGGGGCGGCUGACGGGGAGACGGAGGAGUGAGGAAGCGGUGAGAUAUGGGUUGGGUUGGCUUGGACUGGUGCGGUGUGCAAUGGUCGGAUGAAGGAAGAGCUUACUGCUGACUGCUUCUUCAAUGAACUUGAUGAAAGAGAAAAUCUGACCGG